CAAAUCUAUUGGGAUAUACUCAUUUAUGCUGAGCACUGUGUAUACACUAUAUUGCCAAAAGCAUUGGGACACCCCUCCAAAUCCUUGGAUUCAGGUGUUCCAAUCACCUCCAUGGCCACAGGUGUAUAAAAUCAAGCACCUAGGCAUGCAGAUUGCUUCUACAAACAUUAGUGAAAGAAUGGGUCGCUCUCAUGAGCUCAGUGAAUUAAAGCAUGGUACGGUUAUAGACUGCCACCUGUGCAAUAUGAUCAUCCGUGAAAUUUCCUUGCUACUAAAUAUUCCACAGUCAACUGUUAGUGAUAUUAUAAUAAAGUGGAAGCAACUGGGAACAACAGCAAGCGAAGAGGUAGGCCACGUAAACUGACAGAGUGGGGUCAGUGCAUACAGAAGUGCACAGUGUGCAGAAGUUGCCAACUGUCUGCA